UGGGUUUCGCCCGAGCGAGGUGGGUCACUGAAGCGAGGGUGCGAGGGGUCCGUCAAGUGCCUUGGCCAAACUUCUCGCUGUUGAACUGAGAGUUUUCCAGUCUGCUAAAGGUGCGGUGGAUACACUAGAAUGGACACAGAGGAUUUCCCUCCACCACCACCAGAAGUUCUAGAACAUGAACCAAAAGCCACGGGCCCGAAUGAUGAAGAAGAGGAUGAAGGAGAACAGUUUGACUUUGAUAGUGGAGAUGAGAUACCAGAAGCAGACAGGCAAGCCCUUGUGCCACCUAUUCCUGGGAAUUCCGUAGAGCACCAAGAGGCUGGUGCUGCAGGAGCUGAUAAUUUAGAAAAUAGCGAGAAGCUGCAAACAUCAGAACCUGCUGCAGAAGGCACUCCAACCAAAGUAAAUCCCUACUCAGUCAUAAAUAUUUCCCCAAUCCAAGACAAGGAUCCGUCCUCAUCACCAGAACCAAGUCCUCAAGAUGAAUGUGCAAGCCCCAGCUUGUCUGGUGGAUAUUCUGUUCCUGUCCCUUGUGGAUAUGCUGUGCCAUCCAACUUACCUUUGCUACUGCCAGCGUACUCCAGUCCUGUCAUCAUACGCAGUGUUUCUGUAGAUGAAGAAGGUACACAGUCAGCAACUGAAGAAUGUCAUUAUAAUUCUGUAAACUUGGAGGACCCUCAGAAUAGUGAAGAUAACCAGACCAAGAGAGAGGAUGAUGCCCUGGCCAAAUGGGUUGCAGAUCCUGCAAAUACAGCGUGGAUGGAAAACCCAGAUGAGGUAAUUUAUGAUGAUGUGCCAAGAGAAGAUUCAGACUCUGAACCAGAGGAAAUGAUUUAUGAUGAUGUUGAAAAUGGUGAUGAUGGUGGAAACAGCUCACUGGAAUAUGGGUGGAGUUCAAGUGAGUUUGAAAGCUAUGAAGAACAGAGUGAUUCUGAGUGUAAAAAUGGAAUUCCCAGCUCCUUUUUGCGAGGCAACCACAAGAGACAUCUUUCUCAUGACCUAAUGCGUUUAAAGGAGCAUUAUGAAAAAAAGAUGAAAGAUUUGAUGUCAAACACUGUGGGAGCAGUAGAGAUUCAGCAACUAAAGCAAAAACAUGAGCUGAAGAUGCAAAAGCUUAUGAGAGCUGCUAGAGAAGGUACCAAAGAUGGACUUGAGAAGACAAAAGCAGCUGUGAAGAAGGGUCGUUCCUUCAUUUGGACAAAAUCUUUCAUUUCUCAAGAUCAUAGAUCAUCUUGUCUGGAAGAAGAAGAGCUAAAUUUAUUUAUUGAUGUGGACUGUAUGCAUACAGAAGCAAUUAUGACUCCUAUGCCCGAAGGAUUAUCACAGCAGCAGGUUGUGAGAAGGUAUAUUUUGGGCUCUGUAGUUGAUAGUGAGAAGAAUUACGUGGAUGCUCUCAAAAGAAUCCUGGAGCAAUAUGAAAAGCCCCUUUCAGAUAUGGAACCAAAAUUACUGAGUGAAAGAAAACUUAAAAUGGUCUUUUAUCGAAUUAAGGAGAUUCUUCAGUGCCAUUCAAUGUUUCAGAUUGCUCUGGCGAGUCGUGUAUCUGAGUGGGACUCUGUUGAAAUGAUUGGUGAUGUCUUUGUUGCUUCAUUUUCUAAAUCUAUGGUAUUGGAUGCAUACAGCGAAUAUGUAAACAACUUCAGCACAGCAGUUGGGAUUCUCAAGAAAUCUUGUGCCACUAAACCUGCCUUUUUAGACUUCUUAAAGCAAUGUCAGGAGUCAAGCCCUGAUCGCAUUACACUGUAUGGUUUAAUGAUGAAACCUAUCCAACGUUUUCCACAGUUCAUUCUACUAUUGCAGGAUAUGUUGAAGAACACUAAUAAGGGACAUCCUGACAGGUUACCUCUACAGAUGGCUCUUACAGAGCUCGAGACACUGGCAGAGAAGUUAAAUGAAAGGAAAAGGGAUGCAGAUCAGCGCUGUGAAAUAAAACAAAUAGCAAAAGCAAUGAAUGAACGCUACCUGAACAAGCUACUCAGCAGCGGAAACAGAUACCUCAUACGGACUGAUGACAUGGUUGAGACAGUUUAUAAUGACAAAGGAGAAAUUAUCAAAACCAAAGAACGGCGACUUUUCAUGUUAAAUGAUGUGCUGAUGUGUGCAACAGUAAAUAUUCGCUCUUCCUAUGAAAGCAGUGGCACCGUGACAACUGGCCAGAGGUAUUUGCUGAAGUGGAGCGUACCGCUGGGACAAGUGGAUGUCAUAGAGUAUGGCAGCAGUGAGGGCCAAGGAGACAACUGCAGGUUCCCACCCCAGCUCUCUGCUGAAAAUGUCGUCAUUAACUCCAAGCCAAACAAGCUCUAUAUGGGACCAGGGCAACUGUACCAUGAUCUGCAAAACCUUUUACAUGACUUGAAUGUACUUGGUCAAAUUAGUCAAUUAAUAAGCAGCCUUAAAGGAAAUUAUCAGAACUUAAACCAAUCUGUAGCCCAUGACUGGACCUCAGGUUUACAAAAGCUGAUUUUGAAAAAAGAAGAUGAAAUCAGAGCGGCAGAUCGCUGUAGAAUUCAGCUGCAACUCCCAGGAAAACAGGACAAGUCUGGGCGGCCAACUUUCUUUACAGCUGUGUUCAAUACAUUUACCCCUGCCAUCAAACAGUCUUGGAUCAACAAUUUACAAAUGGCUAAACUGGCCCUUGCGGAGGAUAACCUGUUAGGUUGGUUCUGCAUAGAAGAUGAUGGGAAUCAAAUCAAAAAGGAAAAACAUCCUCUCCUUGUUAGACACAUGCCAGUGAUGAUGGCCAAGCAACAGGAGUUUAAGAUUGAAUGUGCUGCUUAUAAUCCUGAGCCAUACCUUGCUGGAGAAACAGAGUCAGAUUCCUGUGCUGUGGAACAUGGUUUUCUUUGGAUUGGCAGUUGUACUAAUCAGAUGGGCCAGGUUGCAAUAGUCUCAUUUCAAAGCUCCAGCCCCAAGGUUAUUGAGUGCUUCAAUGUGGAAUCACGGAUUCUCUGCAUGGUCUACAUACCAGAACAGGAGAAGCUGAAAGAGCAAAACAAAGCUCCAGAUUCUGAAAAUGUUAUUGCAAAAACAUCUAAUGUCCCUACUAUUUGCCUUGGCAUGGAAGAAGGAAGCAUUUCUAUUUACAAAAGUUGCCAAGGCUCAAAGAAAAUUCGACUUCAACACUUCUUCACUCCUGAAAAAUCGACUGUUAUGAGCUUAACAUAUAGGUCUCAGUACUUGUUUGCUGGCUUGGUAAAUGGAAACAUCUCAAUCUACACAAAAGCAGAAGAUGGGACAUGGAACACAGAACCCCAGAAGAUAGUUAAAUUGGGGGUUCUGCCUGUAAGGAGUCUGCUUGUGAUGGAGGAGACCAUUUGGGCUGCAUGUGGUGGACAAAUUUUUAUAAUCAGCACUGUGACGCAUUCCAUAGAGAACCAUUUUGAAGCCCAUCAAGAGGAAGGGAUGGUAAUCUCUCACAUGGCUGUGGCUGGAGUGGGAGUCUGGAUUGCCUUUACAUCUGGAUCUACUCUUCGACUGUUCCACACAGAGACACUGAAACACCUCCAGGAUGUUAACAUUGCCACACCUGUUCACAAUAUGUUGCCAGGGCAGCAGCGUGUCUCUGUGACCAGCCUCCUGGUGUGCCAUGGCUUACUGCUGGUUGGAACAAACUUGGGUAUAAUAGUAGCCUUACCAGUGCCACGCUUGCAGGGGAUUCCCAAAGUAACUGGAAGAGGAAUGGUGUCAUACCAUGCACACAAUAGCCCAGUCAAGUUUCUUGUAACAGCUACAUCUAUAAACAAAAAGAACAGAAACAAAUUGAGGAACAGCCUCCCUCCUGGCUCAGAACCUAAGGACGAUGACCAAAAGAACAUUCUGCACAGUGAAAGACCAGGCUCUUCCCUUGGUAACACCCAGGACACUGCAGUUUGGCUGGGGGAUUCAGUAGGGUCCAUUGCACAAAGAAGUGACUUGUCAUCAUCUUCUGGAUCCCUUACUUUGUCUCAUGGAUCAAGUUCCCUAGAACACAGACCAGAGGACAGUAAUAUUUAUGAGCUUUUGAAGGAUCAAAACAUCUCAUUUAAAAGUAAAAGACAGAAAUCUAAGAAAAUGAAAGCAAGUUCAGUAUUAGUAAUUUCUGGUGGCCAAGGACACAGAAGAGUGAACAAGAAGACCAAGCAGCAGCGACAAGAUGAACUAGUAUCUUCAGUGAUGGUCUGGCAAAUCCCACUAUUAAAUGUCUAACUGAACUAAAUCCAAGAUUGUUUCUGCUAUUAAAAAUAGUGUGAUUUCCUUUUGUGGCUAAUGCCAGCUUAGGACCCAAGCAGAUAGACUUCAUACACCUGGGAGCAAUUUCAGUAGGCUUGGAUCACAGGAUUAAGGGUGCAAGGCAGUCUUCACAUACUUAGAAUAUUCUUCAGUGUUGGAGUAUUGAAAAAUGUUUAGCUCUUGGUGCUGUCUUUGAUAUUUAGAAAAAAGGAACUGUUAGGGACAUUUAAAUGAUUUUAGAAUAUCUUACCUUAUUUAUACUCACAUUUAUAAAUAUCUUAAUUAUGUUCUAUAGCACUUAGGGAAGGCGAGGAAGACGUGCCAUGUUUCAUGCUGGUUUCUGGUUACAUAAAUCAGUUGUUCCUACUUUUUCCAAAGUGACAUAUUGCAUGGAACAGUAGAUUUUAACAAAUUAGCAAAUAUUUUUAAAUAAGUAGUCUAAUGUGAGCUAAUAUUAAUUUAGCAAAAAUUAUAAUAGUUUAAAACUUCAUUCCACAAAACAGAGUUUGGUUGGAACAAAACUGGCUAAAUUAAUUAAUCAGUAUUUGUUUAUUUCAACAUAGAACAUAGAUUUUUAAAAAUACUAAUUUCUAAUGCUCAGUAUUAUUAGCAAUGUUGCAGUACAAAAAGCACAUUAAUUUUCUUGGUAGGUGCAAUGCCUAUGCGA